CACUCAACUCUACCUCCGGUGGUGUCACCCUGGGACUUCCUUUUUCUGUCUGCAGAUUGCUAGUCACUUCCGCACUGCCAACUUCCUCUCCUGACUCUCCCAGAGCUCCUGAGACUCCGCUCCUAAAGCCAUGAGACCCCAGCGGCUCCAGCAUCCCUCUCCCAGGGGCCCCCUGGCGUGGCUGCUGCUUCUCCUGGUGCUGCCGGGGGCCGCGCAGGGCUCAUUUGAGGUGAGCGUUUCGCUGGAAGCUGCCGUGGUGGGGCACGGAGGGUCCGUCUGGAUAAACUGCAGCCACACGUGCCGGGAUCCUGGUGCCAGGGGCGACAUUGAGACCUCGCUCAUCAAAACCAAUAGGAAAAAUGGAUCCAGCUGGGUAGCCUUUCGCCUCGUCAAUAUCACGGAGUGGGUGUCGUCCCCUCAGUGCUACUUCACCUGCGGUGGAAAUACGACGCUGGUGGCGGCUGCAAACAUCUCCGUUUACCAGGUGCCGGAGCGGGUGGUGCUGGAGCCGCUCCCCGAGAUGGAGCUGGGCCGGGCCUAUAACCUGACGUGCCGGGUUCUGAAGGUGGCUCCCGUCACACACCUCACCGUGACCCUCCGCCAGGGGGGACAGACCCUGCACACGGAGACCUUCCAGAGCCGCAACAGGACCGGACUCCACGACGUCACAGUGACCCAGGAGAUCACCCCUCGGCGAUGGGACCACGGGCAGCAGGCCACCUGCCACGCCGCCCUGGACCUGGCACCACACGGGCCACUCUUGCAAAGCAACUCCUCUGCGGUGGAGCUCCAGGAGGCCGAGAGCCCCACGGCUAAAAUCAUCGCAAUUUCUGCCAUCGCCACCGUACCGGCCAUGCUGCUGGGUAUUCUGGCCUGGGGGCUGGCUCGGCGCGGCAGGACCCGGAGAGCGGCAAGGCCAGAGCCCGGGGAAGCAACGCCAAGCCGAACGGAUUUCGAGAUGGCGCAGGCCAGCGCAGAAGACGCCCCAGAAGAGGGAGGCAGCUUGAAUUCUGCGGAAGACGCUUCCCCAUAGAGCAGACGGCAGAGCUCAGGCAGGCAGCUGCGUGGUGCCAAGCGACGGCCGCUCAGACGGGAGAUGCGCAGAGACUGGACAGGGGGCAGGUUGCGGUGCUGCUAGGGAAUGUUGCCAGGCGCUCCCCGGUUUCCCAUGCAUCUACCUUUGCCAGACUUUAACCUUUCAGGCUGAAAUUCCCGGGCCAGGUCUGCUCCGGGCUGGGCUUUGUGGUGAAAGAAGUGUUUGAGAGGGAGACUAGGCAGAAUACAUCGCUUGCGCUGUGCUAAAAAACCUUCUUGCAGCUGUUCAAUGGGGAAGCCCACGUCCUCGGCACGGGCCUUGUGCUGUGGCUGUGAAACUCCCCCCCACGUCUGGCCUGGUUCGGAGCCGCUGCGCACACGCUCAGCAGGGCCCUGGGAGCUCGCUCGGCUCCUAGCACAGCCUCAAAGGGCAGGUCCUGGGCGCUGGGAAUCUAACGCCCGGUGAGGAGCUGCAGGGAUCCAGCGGCUCCGGGCAGUGGUGUUGGUUCAGGUAAAUUUCCCACGACAGUGGCUCCGGCCACCCUUCGCUAGCUGGCCAAGCACGGGCGGCUGCUUCCCCAUCACUCCCCCCCUCGCCAGGGCGCGUGGUGA